AUGGCAGUUACAAGCAAUAUAACAGAAAUAAUUUUUCUGGGGUUUUCCCAGAGUCAGCAUGUACAGAAGGUUAUUUUUGUGAUGUUUCUCCUGAUAUAUGUAGCCAUUGUGCUGGGCAAUGGCCUCAUUGUGGUAACUGUUAUGACCAGCAAAGGACUCUCUUCCCCUAUGUAUUUCUUCCUCAGCUACUUGUCACUGGUAGAGCUCUGUUACUGUUCUGUCACAGCCCCCAAGCUCAUCUUUGACUCUUUGCUCAAAAGGAAAGUCAUUUCCCUUCAGGGCUGCAUCACACAGAUAUUUUUCCUCCAUUUCUUUGGUGGCACUGAAAUCUUUCUUUUGACAGUGAUGGCCUAUGACCGCUAUGUGGCCAUCUGCAAGCCUUUGCACUAUGUCACCAUCAUGAAUCGAAGAGUAUGUGGCCUACUGGUAGGGGCAGCAUGGAGUGGGGGCUUGUUGCAUUCUGCUGGACAAGCGUUCCUCAUUUUCCAACUGCCCUUUUGUGGUCCCAACAUCAUUGACCACUACUUCUGUGACGUCCACCCAAUGUUGAAGUUGGCUUGCUCAGACACCUUCCUCAUUAGUCUGCUAAUCAUCAUCAAUGGUGGCUCCAUCUCAGUGAUCAGCUUUGCAGUGCUUCUGGCUUCUUAUGUGGUCAUCCUGCAUUCCCUGAGGAGCCACACGGCAGAAGGACGGCGUAGGGCACUCUCUACCUGUGCCUCUCACCUUGCUGUGGUGGGUCUGUUCUUCAUACCCUGUUCUUUUGUCUAUAUGAGACCCUGCAUCACCUUCCCUGUGGACAAGAUCGUGGCUGUGUUUUAUACAGUUGUCACACCUCUCUUGAACCCCAUUAUUUACUCUUUCAGGAACUCUGAGGUAAAAAAUGCCAUGAAGAGACUUGCAUGGAGGAAGACGACUUGGGAAGAAAAGUAG